CACAGAGCGCGAGCCUGUUUUUACCGCUGUUCAGAAGUUCGUCCUCAGUGCAGGUCAACAGCUGCGAAAACCAUGUCUGCCUUUUUGCACCACUGUCCUUUCCUGAAGUCUACUUCUGGACCUUUACUAAGGGGAAUGGGCGCAUCACUCUUCUCUAUGGCUGACCGAUGCCCCAUCAUCGCCCGUCAGAUUACCAUCAAAGCCUCCCAGACUCAGGCCGCUGAUGGCCCUUUAACCUUAAAGGAGCCAAAGCGCUCUUUGACUGGAUCUGCCGCCCAGGUGCCGUUGUCCAUGUCCAAGGGCUGUCCAUUUGUGUCCUCCAAGAUCGGGAUGGUGGAAGCUAGCCCCGAGGUCCAGGAAGAUGUCCAGUCGGAAGACAAAGACCUUUUGGGGCUGAUGAGUUCACUACCACGGGGCCAACAGAACUCUGGUGUGCAGGAUCUCAUGUCUCCCUCACCAACACAUUACCUGAGAGACAAUAUGGAGGGCCCCAGUUUUGACUACGAUGACUUCUUCACUCAGAAGAUUGUUGAGAAAAAGAAGGACCACACAUACCGCAUCUUUAAGACAGUCAAUCGAUACGCAGAUGUUUUCCCCUUUGCUGAAGACUACUCAGUUCCCGGACGCCAAAUCCCCCAGGUGUCUGUGUGGUGUAGCAAUGAUUACCUCGGAAUGAGUCGUCAUCCACGAGUGAUUCAGGCCAUACGUGAAGCUCUGGAGAAGCAUGGAGCCGGAGCAGGUGGCACCAGGAACAUCUCCGGCACAAGUAAUUAUCAUGUUUCCCUGGAGAAGGAGCUGGCCCUUCUGCAUCAAAAGGAUGCAGCUCUAGUCUUCUCAUCUUGCUUUGUUGCCAAUGACUCUACCCUCUUCACUUUGGCAAAAAUGUUGCCAGGAUGUGAGAUCUACUCAGAUAUGGGGAACCACGCAUCCAUGAUCCAAGGCAUCAGGAACAGUGGAGCCAAACGCUUCAUUUUCCGACACAACGACGCCAGACACCUUGAAGAGCUGCUGAAACGAUCCGACCCCAAAACGCCCAAAAUUGUGGCGUUUGAGACCGUGCAUUCCAUGGAUGGAGCGAUUUGUCCUCUGGAGGAGCUGUGCGACGUGGCACAUCGAUACGGAGCGUUGACUUUUGUCGAUGAGGUGCAUGCAGUCGGCCUGUACGGGGCCCAUGGGGCGGGUGUCGGGGAAAGAGACUCUGUAAUGCACAAGAUUGACAUUGUCUCUGGAACACUGGGUAAGGCGUUUGGCUGCGUCGGAGGUUACAUUGCCAGCAGCGCUGCACUGGUCGACAUCGUGCGCUCUUACGCCGCCGGCUUCAUAUUUACCACCUCGCUGCCGCCCAUGAUCCUGGCCGGGGCUUUGGAGUCUGUCCGUGUCUUGCGUAGCACAGAGGGACAGUCUUUACGCAGGGCCCACCAGAGAAACGUCAAACACAUGAGGCAGCUUCUACUGGAUGCUGGCCUGCCUGUCAUCAGUUGCCCCAGUCAUAUCAUACCCAUACGGGUUGGCAAUGCAGAGAAAAAUUCCAAAGUGUGUGACAUUCUACUCCAGAGACACAACAUCUACGUCCAGGCCAUAAAUUAUCCGACCGUUCCCCGCGGCGAGGAGCUGCUGCGUCUCGCUCCCUCUCCGUUCCACAACCCGGUUAUGAUGGAGUUUUUCGUAGAGAGGCUUCUGGAAGUGUGGCAAGAGGUGGGGCUCCCACUCAACGACAAAGCCACUGCCUGCUGCACGUUCUGUGACCGCCCGGUCUACUUUGACCUCAUGAGCGAGUGGGAGCGGUCUUAUUUCGGUAAUAUGGAGCCCAAGUACAUCACUGUUGCUGCGCAGUCAAUCUAAUUCGGAAUGACCAGACGACACAGAACACCCAAAUCUUCCAAAAUUGCACCAAUUCCAAAACAUUUCUCUCCGCGAAUAAAUGAUUAUGUCAUCGGGGAAGAUCCAUUGACAUUGCAUAAUCUCUCUUUAUUUGUUUAUUUUUUGGGGGGCUAAUUUUUUUU